UUUAAAAAAUGACGGGGAACUCUUGGUAUAAUCCUGCAAAUGUUGACGCUUUCUUAGAUGCUUGGCAUUCAGUGUGUUACACAUGCCUUGUGAUGCAGAGAUCUCUCGUUAUAUGGAGAAGACAUGAACCUGACCAUGCAUUUCAUGAACGACUGCAGUGAAUGAGUAUCUCAGCAGGCAUUUUAUUAAAUUGGUAUCUCGAAAUCCUUACCCUCAGACCUCUGGUAUUCUUGAGUGGAAAUAAUGGCACAAUGUGAGUGCCUAGCAUUUUAAAACUGAUGGAUUGCAUUUAGCAAGUUAAAUGUGCUGUGCAAAGGAUGAGUGCUUCACUGGCUGCAGGACAGCUAUGAGUGGUCAUGCAUUCUGAGAUUUCUGUGGCAGACUGGCUAGAUACGGACCUAUAUGAGGAUUACAAAUCUCCAUUUAAUUUUGAUUCUGGAGUCAAUAGGAGCUAUCUGUACCUGUUCCCCAGCAUGACUUUCUCUCCACCUGAUUCUCCAGUACUGAAGAAUUCUGGCUUGCUGAAGAAUGAAGCUAUUCCAGAAGUUGGAGAAGAUGCUGCGGCUACAGUGAAUGUUCCAGAAGCCUUAUCGGAAGAAGAACAGGAAGAGCUAAGAAGAGAGCUUACUAAGGUAGAAGAAGAAAUCCAAACUUUGUCACAGGUGUUAGCUGCUAAAGAAAAACAUCUAGCUGAAAUUAAGAGGAAACUGGGAAUCAGUUCAUUGCAGGAGUUGAGGCAGAAUCUUUCCAAAGGGUGGCAAGAUGUCACAUCAACAAAUGCGUAUAAGAAGACAACAGAAACAUUGUCUCAGGCUGGGCAGAAAGCUUCUGCUGCUUUCUCAACGGUUGGCUCUGUAAUAACAAAGAAAUUAGAAGAUGUGAAAAAUUCACCAACAUUCAAGUCUUUUGAAGAGAAAGUUGAAAACUUAAAGAUGCAUUCCAAGGGUGCAGAAACUUUUGCAUCCAUGUUAAGACGCUCUCCUUUAAUACAGAUGGGACCCGCCAAAGACAAAAUUGUCCUUGGAGAAAUUUUUCACAUUGUAGAAGAUGAUCUCUAUAUAGAUUUUGGUGCCAAAUUUCACUGUGUAUGCAAGCGACCAGAGGUAGAUGGCAAGAAAUAUCAAAAGGGAUCCAAAGUGCGCCUGAGACUUAUUGACCUUGAACUCUCCUCUAGAUUCUUGGGAGCAAAAACAGACACAACUUUACUGGAAGCCGACGCAGUACUCUUGGGACUUGUGGAAGGCAAAGAAAAUAGACAAAAAUAGCAAAGCCAUAGAUAAUUACAAAAAUGCAGUCCUGUAUAUAUUCAUUUGUGGUUACUUUUUAACAGAAUAGAUAGUUUAUUUGAUUUGUAUACCAUGCUCACUCUAAAUAUAAAAGAUACUGUAUUAUCAAACCAUUACUGUCUAACGGAUGCAAAUUUGGUUCUGUAAUCCCACUUUUAUUAGGGUAUGUGAUACCUAUUUCUACUCCUAUUAGGAAUUUAUGUUAUUUUGAUUUUAUAUUCCAAAGGACAGUACACUUUUCCAAACUGAAUUGAAAUAUUACUAUGAAAUAUUGACAGCAUGUAUUGCCUGGUAAUAUUCUGAGAAAGGUGUAACUUAUAGUGCAAAUGUGUUAAUCAUUUGAGCUUUCAGGGUGGUAUCUGAAAACACAGAAGCUAGACACCAAAUCCCAAAGUAUACAUUAUGUUAUUCACACUACUGAAAACACAGGCAUUCUGACGACAUUUGUUUUGAAGAAAAUAAAAGUCUUUAAUCCAGAACAUGUUUUUCAAAUUCCUUCACUGAUUUCCUGUUAAAGAUCGCCUCCAUUUUGGCUGUUAUAAGCACCACCAAUCAGGACAUAUAUUGAUAGUUGUCGAAGGGUGUUUUCAGGAGUUAAUUGUAGGUAUGUUAGAACACAGCUGGGAAAAGUUACUUUCUAGAUGACAACUUUCAAAAGUAAUUUUUCCAGAGUUUACUUGGAUGUUCCAGAUUUGGCCCCACAUGUUACCACACAAUAAAACAUUGUUUUCUUAAGAGUGUGAAUAACAAAAUAGAAGAGAAGAUACUAAAACAUUUAAUAUAUGCUGGUUUUGAAGGAGUUGUGCCAGCACACUUCCAUUCAUUACAGUGAGAUGUGCCCUGGUUAUGUUCAUGCUAGAUCUUAUGUCAUAUGAACAUAAUCAUGCUGAAUCAUGUUUAUCCUUUGGUUACGUAUAAGUCAGUCUCAAAGCAUAGCCAAAUCUAUACAUCAGUUCUUCUAAGUCCUCUAUUAGAUAUAAGUCUAGUGUUAAAUCUUCAGUAGACUUGCAUCAUGAGAUUUUUUCAUGUUAGGAGCGACUUGAGAAACAGCAAGCCGCUUCUGGUGAGAGAGAAUUGGCCAUCUGCAAGGACAUUGCCCAGGGGACACUCUGAUGUUUUACCAUCCUGUGAGAAGCUUCUCUCAUGUCCCCACAUGAGAAGCUGGAGCUGACAAAUGGGAGCUCACCCUGUUCCCUGGAUUCAAACCUCCAACCUUUCGGUCAGCAGUUGUGUGUCAGCAGAAGGGUUUAAUCCAAUGUGCCACCGUGGGCUCCACUGCAUUGUGAGUAAGGGGAAAGCAAACAGAUUUCAAUGAAACAAUGUAGAUGUAAGCCAACCAGUUUUUAAGGGUGAUUCUGACUUAAGCUCUGAAAAAAUUAAUAAUAGAGAUAGGACUGUAAAGUUUGCCUACUUUAAACUGAGCUCUUAUCUCAGCGUUAUUUAUUAAUAGAGAUUAAACAUGAUCCCCCCCCCCCCCCCCAGAAUGUUAGCCUCUGGUAAGACUCAAGUACAACCAUCUAAAUGGAUACUUAGUUUUGAGAAAGCAGUGAAUAUUGCAAAUAGAAAUAAAAACAAACAUCUUGAAAUUGUAUCAAAGACUUGUUUUUUUUUUUUGGCUUGAUAUCCGAAACAAAGAAUAACUAUGCAUACGUAGAUAAAAAGUUUGCUUUUGCUGAAAAUUGCUGACAAUAUUGUCUGUUCUCUGGACUUUUUUGUGAAAUGCAGAAUGUUGAUAUUGCAGAAUGUGAACUGAUUCCAGUUGCGUAUUGAAUUAUAAGUAAUUAUUUUGAUCCAUUCUUGCCUCCUUACAGAACCAAUAUAUUGUACCUGAUAAAAAUAGGAUGCAUUUGAAAAAUAAACUAAGUUCUUUCGUUGGUG